AUGGCGUCCCCAGAGCAGCAUUAUUUUCGUGACGACCACACAGACACGGAUGAUCCGGGCAUGGACAGCAAGGAAGCCAGACUUCUACGACAGGCGGAGAAAGAAAUCGCAGCGAAGACAGAAGCCCUCAAAAAGACAUAUGACCAACUAGCUGAAUUUGAGCAGAGGAUCGAAGAUUGGCAGCAGAAAGCGCGGCAGCUUGAAGUUGAAGCGCGCUCCCUCCGACAAAAAUUGAGGAAAGAGGAACAAAGAGCGGAGGGCGGCGAGUUGGCGUAUCAAGAGGCCGAAAAGAAAAUCUCCGAAUUAGAGAACGCGUCAAAGAUACAGCGCAGACGAGCACAAGAUGCGAUGAAGGAACUAAAGGCGAGAUUUGAGGACGAAGAGAGCAAAUCGGCACGAUUGGAGGAAUUCAUCGGCGGUGUUGUCACGCAGGUCAACAGCUAUAAGAAUCAGAUGGUGCAGGAUAACAAGGAUCGGGCCCUAUUUGAGAAAAGUAUCCUCAAAAUUACUGGGGUGUAUAAAGAGAGAAGCAAGAAAAUAUCGGACGACAUGCAGAAGAUGAAAACAAUAUUAGCUUCAUCACAAAGAACUCUAACAAGCAAGGCCCAGCGAUUGUACUUUCCAGGAUUAGGUCACGGUAUGGGUUAUCAGGGCCCUGGUGUGGUUACAGGAGGCAGCGGGUUAAUGAGGGGGAGUGAAUGGAGGAAUUGGCCGAACAUUCAAGGAAUUCCAGUGAAUGAUAAUCUAGAGCAGCACUUGAACCGGCUGGAGUUACCCAAGUAUCUCAGACCUCAUAUUGACCCAGACAGCACACUUCCCUCUCCUUCCAACGACUCAGUUGCAGAAUAUUCCGAUCGCUGGAGCCAUUCGUCUACAAUGUCUAUUCAUCACGGCCAAUUUAUGAACACUUUGGACACAGAGCUUGGUCUAGACAGCAUGGAAACCUCGCGAACUAGUUCAAGACUUGAUAGUGUGUCCGACCAUACCUACCUCGCACCUGAUUCAUCGAGAGUGCCCCAGAAGCCUUUACAACUAUCCGACAGCGAAUCGGAUGUGCUCACCGUGGAUAGUGAGGAUGAGACAAAUCCGUGGACGUGGUAUGUCCACAGCCCGCCAAUGCGACCGUCACCAAGAAAGCGGAUGCGGUUUUCAUCCCCAGAGAAUUCCCAGGAUCAGGCCGAUGGCAUGAGAAGUACAGAGCCUGGCGCCGACUCUGGUCUUCCGCUCGAUGACGAGGACCUGACAGAGGACCGUCCUGCAACGCCGCCGAAGAAGGCGAAAAUCACACAUCCCAAGUCGAUUCUUGUGCCGCGACGACCGAUCAUUCGAAAGCUCCCUUCCCGCGCCGAGCAAGAGUUCCGCAUCCAGAGAGCUAAGGCAGCAGAGGUUUGGUUGAAAGCCCGCAAGGAUCCACCUCCAACAAGCCCACCAAUUUCGCCAGAAGCAACCUCGUCGGCAUCACCGACGCCGGCAAAGCAGGAAGAAGAAGACCCGUGGAUUAUCCACAAGCAUCUGGAAGACUUGCCGUUCCGUUCUGUUGAUAUACAGACUGAUAUUGAGUGGACUGCUGAUGCACAAACUGGGACUGAGUGGCCCGAGAGAAGUUUUACGAGGGCAGUUCCUCAGGCUGUCUUUGCAUACCAUGAGCCUCCGAUCAGCGUGCGACCUAUCAGACCCGUCUUGAAUACCCGCCGGGCCAGCAAGAAAAAGCAGGAUGCCAGCAAGAAAAAGCAGGAUGCCAACAAGAAAAAGAAGGAUGCCAACAAGGAAUCGCAGGAUAAGCCCGAGUGGCCGACGGCGCUAAUGCCGGGAAGAUGGCCGAUAGAAGAUACGUCCGAGGAAGACGCAGGCUCCGUUACCAAUCCCGAGGCGCACGUGUGGGUGUGGGAGCACGUUGGGGAAUCAAUUGAAGAAUUCAAACGAUGGAUCAGACAUCUCAUGGACGAGCGACCGAACGAACUGGCUUGGGGAAUACUUUUCAUGGGAUCAUUACUUUGGGUGGUUGUUAGUCACCGAACACAUCGACAAUGGAUGGACGCAAAUGAAGUUCCGCUUGAUAUUCUGGCCAAACUUCGGAAUUCGCGCAUGUCAGAAAUUCGUUGGACGGAAUCAUUUGACUUUGGAGUGAUGAGGCUGUUCCAUCACGAUCGCACGAUACUAGGUUAA